AUGUCGACCAAGCCGAUCUUCGUGGCUACGCAUCCACGUGCCUGUUCGACGGCUUUUGAGCGAGUCUUCAUGACUCAGCGAGCCACCAUCCAAUGUGUUCACGAGCCGUUUGGCGAUGCCUUCUACUACGGUCCGGAGCGUCUCUCCGACCGAUUCGAAGAUGACGAACAGGCUCGUGUUGACAGCGGAUUUAGCAAGUCGACAUAUCUUACCGUGUUGCAGAGACUGGAACAUGAAGCUUCAGAGGUCCGACCCUUCUUCCCGCGAAAUUUUCCCUGA